AUGGCUGCGGAGGCACCGCAGAAUGACAACACACCCUCUGCUGUGCUCUCUGAGGACCAGCACACCCCCGCCGACCCCUCCGACUCCUCGAAAGCGAACCACAACCGCAUGCGAACGAACACUGCUGAGAUUGACAGCACCAUAAAUCAUCCUGGGUCCGUUAAGAUCAAUGUGAAAGGAGCCUUUAUUGUCGAUCAGAAAUCAGUCUCUCCGGAUAGGGGGAAUAGCCAUGGCGGGAGCCAUGAUACCAGGGACAUCCGGUUGCCAAACCAUACAGCUGUAGUGAGCCAUAUAGCUGUUGAUAUUGGCGGUUCUUUGGCUAAACUGGUAUACUUCUCACGCGAACCUCAUUCCCGAGAACCUGGCGGACGGCUCAAUUUCAUGAACUUCGAGACCGAUCGCAUAGAUGAUUGCGUAGAGUUUAUGAAGCAGUUGAAAGUCAAGCAGCAGGAGCUCAAUGGAUCGAAGCCAGGAGCGUUGUGUGUUAUGGCGACGGGCGGUGGAGCAUUCAAAUAUUAUGAUAAAAUCAGGGACGCUUUAGGGGUCGAUGUGCUUGCCGAGGAUGAAAUGGAGUGCUUGAUAAUAGGUCUGGACUUCUUCAUCACUGAGAUUCCACGGGAAGUGUUCACAUAUAGCGAGACUGAUCCAAUGCACUUUACCGAUCCACGAGCCGACAUCUAUCCCUACCUACUGGUCAACAUAGGCUCAGGUGUAAGCAUGAUUAAAGUAUCUGGACCACGGAAGUACGUGAGGGUGGGAGGAACGUCUCUGGGAGGAGGAACCUUAUGGGGUCUGUUGUCACUCCUUACAGGAUCCCGAACCUUUGACGAGAUGCUGGGAAUGGCCGAACGAGGUGACAAUGCCAAGGUCGACAUGCUAGUUGGCGACAUCUACGGAACAGAUUAUGGCAAAAUAGGAUUGAAGAGCAGCACAAUUGCCAGUUCCUUCGGAAAAGUGUUUCGAAUGAAAAGAGAAGCUGAGCGAGAAGCAGAAGACAGCGGCGGCCUCGCUAACGGCGACAACGAAUCGCAACCAGACUCACCAGAUGCUGACAAGAGUGAUAUUCCUUUCCCACCCAAAGAACCUCCUUUUUCCUCAGCAGACAUCUCUCGGUCCCUCCUCUACGCAAUCUCCAACAACAUUGGUCAAAUCGCCUACCUCCAGUCCGAGAAACACUCCUUAUCAACUAUCUACUUCGGCGGCUCCUUCAUCCGUGGCCACCGUCAAACCAUGAACACGCUUUCCUACGCCAUAAAAUUCUGGAGUAACGGAGCGAAAUCAGCGUAUUUCCUUAGACACGAAGGGUAUUUGGGCGCGGUCGGUGCUUUUCUGAAGAGACAGCCGAGGAACUGGGGGAGGAGGAAUAGUCUGGAGGAUGAGCUUGUUGGACUAGGUACGGAGGCGAGAGCUGAGAUAAGGGCUGCUGCGGAGGGGAAUGCUGAGGGUGGAGAGUAUUGA